UGAUCGCAUGAUUUUUGUGAAAUUCAUGUAGGCGCAAAUCGAUUUUUGAAAGUCGACUUGACGAAAGUGAUCCGCUGAACGUACCCAUAAACAAGAUCGGAAUCUGCAGAGAGGAGAAAUCAAUCAUAGCUCACUGUGUUCCGGCUCUGCGGUUCUCAUGUGGUGCACGGGAUAAAGUUUGCACAGUCCGGAAUGCGCGAGACCAAAUUCGUCUGUUGGUUGGGUCAACAAUAGUUAUCGUAGUAUUGAGUUUUAGGCACCACCAGCAUCACUAGUACCAGGCAAACGAGGAAACCGAAGUUACGACGGGCUUGUUUGUCUGCAUUCUGCAGGGAAUGUCUCACAAGGAGAGACCCACUUUCUACCGACAGGAGCUCAACAAGACGAUAUGGGAGGUCCCGGAGCGGUACCAGACCCUGUCCCCGGUCGGCUCGGGAGCCUACGGAUCCGUCUGCUCGUCAUACGACGUGAGGUCGGGGCUGAAGAUCGCGGUGAAGAAGCUGUCGAGGCCGUUCCAGUCCAUCAUGCACGCUAAGAGGACUUACAGAGAACUACGACUCCUCAAACACAUGAAACACGAGAACGUGAUCGGCCUGUUGGAUGUGUUUACGCCCGCUACCAGCCUAGAGGAGUUCAACGAUGUGUACCUGGUGACCCACCUGAUGGGGGCGGACCUCAACAAUAUCGUCAAGUGUCAGAAACUGACGGACGACCACGUUCAGUUCCUCAUAUACCAGAUCCUCCGGGGUCUCAAGUAUAUCCAUUCAGCAGACAUCAUCCACAGAGAUCUGAAGCCCAGUAACUUGGCAGUGAAUGAGGACUGUGAGCUCAAGAUCCUGGACUUUGGUUUGGCAAGACAUACUGAUGAUGAGAUGACGGGUUACGUAGCAACCAGGUGGUACCGCGCCCCAGAGAUCAUGCUUAACUGGAUGCACUACAACAUGACAGUUGACAUCUGGUCGGUGGGCUGCAUAAUGGCGGAGCUCCUAACCGGAAGGACGUUAUUUCCCGGCACCGACCAUAUUAACCAGCUGCAGCAGAUCAUGAGGCUGACAGGAACGCCCCCGGACUCUGUCAUUAGCCGGAUGCCCAGCCACGAGGCCAGAAACUACAUUAACUCCCUUCCCCAGAUGCCCAAGAGGAACUUUGCUGAUGUGUUCGUUGGCGCUAACCCACUAGCGGUGGAUCUGUUAGAGAAGAUGUUGGUUCUGGACACUGAUAAGCGGAUCACAGCGUCAGAGACCCUGGCCCACCCCUACUUCUCCCAGUACCACGACCCAGACGAUGAACCAGAGUCUGAGCCAUACGACCAGAGCUUUGAGAGCCGUGAGCUGGAGAUAGAGGAGUGGAAAAGGUUGACCUAUGAGGAGGUUUGCAGCUUCGAGCCCCUGCCAUUCGACGGAGAUGAGAUGGAGUCCUGAGGGAACUAGGGUGACGUCAUUGAUAAUCUCGCCUCCUUCUCUUAUGGAAUUGUGUUGAGGAGGAAGUGGCAUGUAGACAUUGAACUCGGGCCAGUGAUGCGUUUCCUCCCCUAAUGGUUUAGGUUAGGAUCUGGGAGUAGGUUGAGCUUAUCUUAGAGGCAACUUCCUGCCAGAGCACACAACCUUGUGUGAGGACUAUCAACUCCCCGGACUAUUUAACAAACAAACAAACGGGAAACCACGACAUUCAAGUGUCUGCCGUCGUUCAUUUCUGGGGACACUCUCGGGUUAGAGGUCAAGGGUUAAAGGUGACCGACCCCACCCUCCAGGUUGCUGUAUUAUGUUAUAUUGUCUGUGUUUUGGUCUCUGGGCCGAACUGGGGAAAUUACUUUGUAAUAUUGUAUCUACUGUUUGUGUGUUUUAGAAUAUCUGUUAAGUUAGCAUCAGAUUUUCACAUUGUUUGCAAAAAAGUAUCUUAUUUAAUAAAUUCCUGGAAAAGGUGCUCAGUUCAAUAUGGCAAAAACAAUCAACCACAUUAUUUAAUUUAACAAACCACUGGUACCUUCAAACAUCUAUUUAUGAUUUUAGGUUGGUAGUGUAUAGCCAGAUGUUAUUUUACCUCCUUUUGGAUCGAAUUCAGUAGGAAACCCAACAGUGUAAAUCACCUCUGCCCUUCUAUGACAAACGUUCUGUCUCCACAGUCAAUCUGUACGCUGUUGUUAUGCCUGCCAGUGUUUUACAUAUGUAAAUAAGGCUGCACUCUUGUAAAUAAAUGAUA